GCAGGAUCUAUAAGUCUUCAAUUUGAUAGAACUGGUGUGAAUUGCAUUUCAGUUAUGGAAUAGAUACCUGUGGAUGUGGUUGUUCUGAAAUAUUUAAGGUAGACCCGUUUUCGCCUUGUGAAACUCCUGAUGUCGACUUCGACUUGGUGUGGUUGCUCCUUAAGUUGUAGCAGAGAACAGAAUUAAUCUAAGUGUGUUUCUGUAGAUCUUUCGGAUAACCUGGCUAUUGGAUGACUCUAUCAGUAUUCACUAGACUUUCCGACACACAUUUGACGACAUAAAGAGAGUCUGAGGGAUUCUGAUUGGCCGACACAACCCGUGGAAAUCCUAGUAAGCAGACGAAACUGACUUCACUUGUAAUUUGUAAUUUGUUGCUUGCAUUUUGAAUUGAUCGAUUGAACCAAGUACGGAACAUCAUUUCCUACAAAUAUAUUUUCCUCUAGAAUUCUCCUUUUAGAUUUUCUCGUAGACUACAUCAGUUGAUUUCAAACAAGGCAAGCCAUGCAAUCAAAUUGCUAUUGGCAAUGUUUGCAUUAAGUAUCAUAGUUGGUUUCACAGAGUUAUUAAAAUCAAUAGGUUAAUCGUAGCUUUGCCAUAACUUCGCGAGGAGGCAAAUUGCUUUCUGGAGUGGGGAAGCCCCAACCCAAGUCGUCUCGUGAGAAGAGUUUAUUUCUAAUGGGAAUGUGCAGAUCAAUUGGAACAAGUAGAGAUUGGAAUUACUUAGAAAGGCGGAGGUGGCUGCCGAGGAUGUGUUAAGUGUAAAUGACGGCGCCUAAGGAGGUAGUGUUGCCUGUGUGUACAUUAACAAAAACUAUUCAGUCAGAGUUUCGUAUUUGUGGGUGAUGCAGAGAAUGGAUAAUCAGGAAGGCACAACCGAAGAUGUGGAUGAGGACGAAUCACCGUAGGUAACUUAGUCCGUGUUGUUGAGCCAGUUACCGAUGAAGACACCGAUGCCCUCAUGACCCGCACAGAAACAAACUCGGACCAAACGAUGACGAAGUACAGAGACCUACAAUAUAUAUUCGUCCGCGGGAUUCUCGUGUGCAUAUUGAUAUCAUUUGCAUUGAUGGCGGCUCAUAUGAACGCGAUGACAGACACCUAUGAGGAGUAUGUGCCCAAUGCGCCACCGCCCUACCUCAAACCGAAAUUCAGGAAACUAAAUGCGAAACCUUUGGAUGGAAAGUACUGCACUAUUUAUGGUGUGAGCAAAGAACUAGUGGCGCCAGAGUUCUCAUGUACGGCUUUAAAUGGAAUCAGUGAAAGUGCCAACAUCUGUAUUCAUUCGCCAUGGUUGGAUAAAUAUAUCUCUAAAAAGGUUUUUGAGAGGGGGACUUUUGAGCCUCACUUGACUUUACCAUUCCAGUACAUCAUGUCCGCCGACGACAGCUUGUCUUUGAUCGACAUUGGUGCUAAUAUCGGUGUCUAUACUCUGUUCGCCGCCAUGUUGGAUCGCAAAGUGGUGGCAGUUGAGCCACUUUACGACAACAUGGCGCGACUCCAUAAAGCGAUAAAAUUAAAUAAAUAUGAAGACAGAAUAACGUUAGUCAUGAACGCCGUCUCAAAUGUACGAAAAGUUGUUAACUUAACGCGAGAUUUUAAUGAAAAGAAUUACGGACAUACCUAUAUCAAGGAAAAAAGCAUGGCGGAUGGCGUCGAUUUCAUGUCGCUACAGGAAGUGGAUACGGUUUAUUUAGACGAUUUAUUGGAAGUGAUAGAUUUCAAAAAAGCCAUUUUGAAAAUUGACAUCGAAGGACAAGAAGUUAAAGCAUUUACACACGCGAGCGAGUUGUUCAAAACUGUAGAUAUUCCUUAUGUUUUCAUGGAAUGGAAGUGGAUAAAAAACCUAAACCGUAUUACUUUCUUGAAGAAUUUCUUCUACACUCGCGGAUAUAAACCUUUCAAUCGGCCGAUAGGUGGCACGGAGUUAAAGGGUGAUUCACUCAAGUGGCCUUUUAAUGUGAUAUGGAUAAGAAAUGCCACCAAGUUACCUAAGAAUAUUGAAGACGCUUACAGUGAUCCGAAUGCAGCGGGUUGGUUUUAGUAUAAUUUGACGUCUGACCCAGGGCAGACGGCUGGACUAAAGCCAUGAGGAGUGAGUCAAAGGUGGGUGAUCCAUCGGGGACUCAAGUCGAUAUACCAAUAUAUCAACCAACGUGUAAGCUGUCCAGCUACGUUGACACAGUUUAGACUUGUCUGAGACAAUGAGAUAUCUGGAGGUGUAUUGAAAUACAUCUCAGUUCUUUAGAUGUUACUCGUACAGACAAUGCCACGCCAUGUUGCCCUUGGGGAUAUGUUGUACGUUUCCAAGGAAAUCUAGACUCAUAACAUUCCUCAAUUUGUAGUCAUAUUGUUUAGUCGACACUGUUAUGGUAUGAUGGUCGCCCAAGGGACGCUGAUUAUUCUCAUUAAUGACUAAAGCAUCCAUUAGGAUCUGCAGCAUUUUAAAAAGAAGCUUAUAUGGAUUUGCGAGUGUAAGAGAAAAGACGCUCAUUUACCACGCUACACGUUGUUUAUGUUGUACAUCAAUCUUCAUCACACGCUCCAUCAUUUUCUACAUGUUGUAAGUAAUA